UGAACAUCCAUAAUUUUUGUGCGUUUCAUUUCACCAUCAAAAACACCAUGGCCACACUCUACUUCUUGUACCUUCCUCUAAUCUUACCCUUAUACCUCUUUACCAAGCACGUCCUUCGCAAGAUCCAAAACCUCCCUCCAAGCCCAUUCCCAACCCUACCCAUCCUCGGCCACCUCCACCUCUUCAAAACCCCCCUUCACCGAUCCCUAUCCCACAUCGCCGCCCGUCACGGCCCAAUCCUCCUCCUCCAGUUCGGCUCACGUCCAGUCCUCCUAGUCUCCUCUCCCUCCGCCGCUGAAGAAUGUUUCACCAAAAACGACAUCGUCUUCGCCAACCGCCCUCGCCUCCUCGCCGGAAAACACCUGGGCUACAACUACACCUCCCUCUCCUGGGCCCCCUACGGCGACAACUGGCGGAGCCUCCGCCGCAUCGCCGCCCUCGAAAUCUUCUCCUCCCACCGCCUCCAAACGCUUGCCGACAUACGCGCUGACGAGGUACGGUGGUCGGUCCGGCGGCUCUGUGGUGAGGCGGAGGCGGUGGAUAUGAAAGGAGUUUUUUUCGAGCUGAUGCUUAAUGUGAUGAUGAGGAUGAUUGCGGGGAAGAGGUAUUAUGGAGAGAAUGUGGCGGAGGUGGAGGAGGCAAGGCGGUUUAGGGAGAUUGUGGCGGAGACGUUUCGAGUUGGGGGUGCGUCGAAUAUUGGGGAUUUUUUGCCGGUUUUGAGGUGGGUUGCAGUGAGAGGGUUGAAGAAGAGGUUGGUGGCGUUGCAUGAGAACAGAGAUGGGUUUAUGCAGGAAUUGAUUGAAGAGCUUCGAAGAGGAAUGGGUGGCGAUUCAGGGGAGGUGGGAGAGAAGAAGAAGAAGAAGACGACUAUGGUGGAGGUGUUGUUGUCUCUGCAAGAAUCGGAGCCUGAGUAUUACACCGAUCAAAUGAUCAGAGCCCUCAUGAUAGUUUUAUUAGCGGCAGGAACAGAUACUUCAGUUGGCACCAUGGAGUGGGCACUUUCACUUCUAUUGAACAACCCCCACAUUUUACAGAAGGCACAGACUGAAAUCGAUACACAAGUAGGCCCACACCGUCUGAUCGAAGAAUCAGACAUAGCCGAUCUCCCUUAUCUCCGCUGCAUCAUCAAUGAGACAAUGCGGAUGUACCCAGCAGGCCCAUUGCUAGUACCUCAUGAGUCCUCAGAGGAAUGCACGGUAGGAGGCUUCCGCAUCCCACGUGGCACUAUGCUAUUGGUGAACAUUUUGGCCAUACAAAAUGACCCGAAGAUAUGGGUGGAGCCCGAGAAGUUUAUGCCAGAGAGGUUUGAAGGGCUAGAACGGUCGAGAGAUGGGUUCAAGUUGAUGCCAUUUGGAUCAGGGAGGAGGAGCUGUCCUGGAGAGGGUUUGGCCCUGCGUGUGGUUGGGUUGGCAAUGGGAUCACUAAUUCAGUGCUUUGAUUGGGAAAGGAUGAGUAAAGAGAUGGUAGACAUGACCGAAGGAACUGGACUCACCAUGACUAAGGCUCAGCCCUUGAUGGCUAAGUGCAGGCCUCGUCGGAUAAUGGCAAGCCUUCUUUCACAAAUAUGAACCGCAUUUUGGUUGAAGAUGGUUUCUGUCAAGCGCACAUAAAACUAUGAAAUUGUUUCUAAUUUGCUAAAAAAAUGAGGUCUUAUGUGAUAGCUAUGUUUUUCUUGUAGUUGUUUUUUGAAAAUCUUUGUCAAAGACUUGCAAAGUUCGUAAUGUUUGAAUGAGGUUUUCUUUCAUGAAUUUCAAAA